AUGUCGAAUACACAGAUCCAAAAAUGCAUUAGGGAUGUAUUGGGUAUCGAUGAUGAAGAGAAAAGUGACUGGAAUCAGAGUCAUAUGAGGAAGUUGUUGUCAGCCACGUCGACGCUCUACAAUGCAUCUUUGAAUAAGGUAAUGUUGAAACAGGGGGAAGAGACGGCAAGGUGCCACCUGUGUGCCUACAUUGCAGCCGAAAGGUUGGCAGAAAAGCAUGUGAAGGAUCUUCAAUAUUACAUGGACAGAAUUCCCUUGGAGCCGAAGAAGAUUCGUAACUUACUGGAGCUCUUCCGGCAACAGAUAUUCCAAUCGUCGCCAGUCAAGAAUUUCAGCUGGACUCCCAGUCCUAAAAAGAGGAGGUCUCCUGUCAAGGAUGGAGGCAGGUUUACCGCCAAGGAUCCGAACGAGUUACGGAAGCAAUUGUUUGGGACGCCAACCAAACUGCCGCCAGACGUUGGCACACCCCGCAGCGCGAUCGAAGUCACGGCUUCCAAAAGCAGCCCAAGUCCGUCUAGGGCCAGAAGAAAGCUUGCAUUCGAGGAAGAUACAGUAGACGACCAAUUCGAAUCUCCCACCAAGAAGAGACGCACUGCACCCCCAUCUAGCAGCUUAAUCAAUGACCCAAGAACGCAGGUCGGAGAUGACGAAGCGUUGGACUUGUCAAGCAAUCAACCUAAAGGAAAGAAAGCAAGAGAGGCAAGGAGACAGGAGAGUCCCAGUAAGAAAAGUACUGGCACAAGAACUCAGUCCAGAACGGACAACUGCCUGCUGCGAAAGAAGCACUCUAAGGUGGCUUCAGCUGAGGUGAUCGAUCUGUGUAAUCAAUUCGAGAUUCCCAAAGACGUCGCCUACAGCAUCCUCGAUCACUACGUGGCCUACGCGUCUUUCUUAGUCUGCCCCUGGCAGUUGCUCUGCGGACUAGUGCUGAAUGCUACCUUAGUCGUGUUCACUGAGAGAAGGAGGAAAGACCCAAGAGUAGACCAUCUCAUAUUCGAAAAGAUGGCAGGCCUCAUGAAAACCUCCCGAAUAGAGGACAUCAUCGAAACACUGGCUCUCGUCAAAGAGUUGCUCGAAGGUGAGAAAUGGUUUAGAGAUUUGCAAGUCAAACACAAUUACUACGAUGGUGCAUGUUACGAAGAAGCCAUAUCGGCAAAGCUCGGCUCUAUGUUACAGCCGAACAAUAUCCUUGUAAGCGACGAGCAAUUGGCCAAUUGGAGAAGGAAGGUCGAGCAGGAAUUGUCUCUGAGAGACCUCGAGUGA